ACACUCUCUCACCCUCCCCUCACCACUAUGUCCCCCUUCGCACAUUAUCGAUUCCUGCAGGCCUCUACAAAUUCAAACUCAAAAUGAGCAUUUCUCUGGAGAGUAAAACAAAACUGCCUCAAAAAAUUCUAGAAAUCAUCACAGAUGGUUCAGCUUUGCUUUCGAUUCCGAUGAGCAGCUCUCAAGCGUCGGAGACCCUUCUCACAAGUGCAAAACAGUUUAGUCAUGUGGAACAAGUUAUAGACAAUACGGAUAAGCUUCUGCGAGAAAUCGAACAGAUGGUAGACGGGGUAACCAAAAAUGCUGAGGAUAUGGAAAAAGGAUUGGAUAUUGUAUGCGACGUUCAAGAAUGUCUUCAAAAGGUGGAACGUCAAAACUACUACAGCGCGGUGCCCAAGUCAUUUUCUGCCGACAGUUUUUCAUCUUCUGUCGCCGGUGAACGUCCCAAUCCGCCGAAUAAUUAAUUUACGUUAUGUAAUGAUUGUAACAAUAAUUUUUAACUAAUUUAAAUCUCAAAGAUUUGAUCUCAGUGCAAAUAAAAGGUGUAAUUAAUUAA